GGCUCAGGCCCAGGGCGUUCACUUCAGACAACUUUCUCUCUCUGGACACAAAUUGGUGUGAGGGCCAGACAGGAUUGCACGUGGACUGGGCUCAUACUUCCCGCCACCAUGUCGGACCUAGAGGAUGAGCUGUUGAUGGUCGCAGGCCACUCCAAGGCCGGCGGCAAGCGCGGCGGGUCUUCCAGGCGGCAGUCCAAGCCGUCGAAGAGGAGGAGAGUGGCGCGGGACGAGUCAGAUGAAGAAUCUGAAGAGGAGGAAGAAGAGGAGGAGGAGGAGGAGGAGGAGGAGGAAGAAGAAGAAGAAGAAGAUUCGGAUGCUGAUGUCAAGGGGAAGAAGGGGAAAGGAGGGUCCAAAAUGCCCCUCAAGAAGCGCUUUGCCGACAAGGACGAUGAAGAAGAAGAGGAGGAGGAAGAAGAUGGUGAGAGGAAAGACGAUGGAUACGACAGCGAGCUGUCGUUCGGAGAGGACCUCUUCAAGGACGACGAGGACCGUGCGAAGCUGAUGGCCAUGACGGAGCUGGAGAGAGAAAUGCUCCUGGCGGAGCGGUCGGAGAGGCGGGACGAAGUUCUCGAGCGGCGCGCCCUGCGCGAUCAGGCCCGGCAGCGGGACGAAGCCGCCGAGAAAGCACAGAAGGCAAAGCAGCGCUCGCGCGCGGCGCCGCCGACUCGGUCCAAGCUCUCGACCACCCGAGAAGCCCCCCGCAGCAAAGAGAAAGCGAGCGCGCUGGAAGAGUUGGUGGCGCGGAGAAACCGAGCGGUGGAGGGGGGGAACAGGCGGCGCGCGGAGCAGGAUCGGAGGAGACGGGAGGAGUCAAUGUCGCCGAAGCGGAAGGGGAGGGAGAGCGAUGAGGGGAGCUCCUCGGAUAGUGAUCGGAGCGACGAGGAAGACGAGCGAGCCAGAAGCGACGAUGACGAUGAAGACGCCAGGUCGGACGACGACGUGCGGCGCGGUCGGCGGCGCCCGGACCCCGACGCGAUGGACGAGGAGCUGGACAAGAUCGUGGUGAAGCGCGUGUGGCUGGAGCAGCACUGCUACGAGCCGUACUUUGACGACCUCAUCCGGAACUGCCUCCUUCGGCUCAGCAUCGGGCAGGGGCCCAGCGGCCAGAACGUGUACCGCAUCGUGGAGGUGGUUGACGUUGACAGCAAUCCCGCCAACAAGCCGUACAAGUUCGGCAAGGGCAGCAUCGCGCGGCGGCUGACGUGCAAGUGGGGCGUUGCGGAGCGUUCCUGGCCGAUGGAUCAGGUGUCCAAUCAACGGCCGUCGUCGAAGGAGUGGAACGAGUGGCGCAACGAACUAGAGAAGCGGGCGAUCCGCAAGAUGAGCAAGCGCGAGGUCGCGGAGAAGCGCGAGGCGCUGAUGUCAGCGAUGACGUUCCAGUACACGAGCGAGGCGGUGCGCAACAUGGUGCUGGAGAAACAGAAGCUGCGGCGGACUCCUGUGAACGCCGCUGCGGAGAAGGCCCGUCUGGAGAAGCAGGUCCAGGCCGCCAAGGACCAGGGCCGGCUGGACGACAUCCCGGAACUCAAGGCGAAAAUCGCGGAGCUGGAGCUGUUCAUCAAGAACCGCGAGGGAGGCGACCGGCUGACGAAGAUGCUGGAUCUCAACAAGCGGAACCGGCAGAAGAAUUUCAACCAGGACGGGUUAAAGGCGUCGACCGAUGCCAGCGCGGGGGGGGAGUACGAUCCGUUCUCGCGCCGAUGGACGCGUUCGCAGAAUUAUUGGCAGACGCGCGCGGCGGCGGAAGUGGACGAGACGGCUUUGCUCACUAUGGGGGAGGUAGCCGAGGCGCUCCCGCAGGCGGGCGACCCGGGCGUGGUCUCGUUAGAGGACGGGUUAGCGAUAACCAAGGCGCAGGUCGCGCAGGCGGCGAACGGCGACCUGCUGGUGCAGACGGAGGCCCCUGUGGACCCGAAAGCGAACGCAUUGCGAGUUCACAGUUUCGACCUGCCGAUCGAUUUGGAGGGGCUCGCGAAGUGGCAGCCCGUCGGCGCGGGGCAGGGCGCGACGGCGGGGGCCGCGGCCGCGGCAGUGCUCGCGCGGAAGCAGAGGAUAGAAGCCAAGUACGGGGCGCCGAUCGGGGUGCCGCGGGACGGGCGGCGGUCGCUCAAGAUUACGGACUAUAAGCGGAGGAGAGGGUUGACUUGAGCAAACAUGCGGACGUGGAAAGGUCUAUCUUUCCAGCUUCAAAGAUUGUGAAGUGUUCGUGCAUCGCAAGUUCAGCAUCGAGGUAUUGGAGACAAGGGCUUGCUGAGCAUUUAUUGUCCAAGUACAAUGCCGAUGCUGAUCGAGUUUGAAGCGGCAACUUCAAUUUCACUCGGCUCGUUUCAGUGCUUUCUGUAAGCUAUUCUUCAAUGUACACCCAUAAUAACUUCAGGUA